UUCUAUUUCGUUCUUUUCAGCGCUUAUCGUCGCGUGUCUGACUACGUAAGUGCGGAAAGAUACGGCAGGGAACUGCUCGUCUUAUACAGCGAGUCUGGUGACUUAGUAAAAGAGGGAGAUGUAAGCAUAGCUCUAGCAGAUAUUUUUGAGAGUCAAAACAGGUUUACAGAUGCUAAAGAACUUUAUGAAAAAGCAGUUAAUAUAAGGAGAAAAACUGGUGAAAGAAUUGAAGAAGCAAGUGCCUGCGCAAGAUUCGGAAAUAUGUUGUAUGAACUUGGCGAAAACCUAAAAGCGAAGGAGUAUGUUGAGAGAGCCCUUGCCAUUAGAAAUGAAAUUGGCGACAAAAGAGGAGAAGCAUCAUGUUAUGAAAGCCUAGGUAGUUUGUUUGGGUCUCUCGGGCAAUACCACAAGGCUAAAGAGUAUCUCCAAAAAGCGCUAGUCAUCAGCACUAAAAUUGGCGACAGAAGAGGGGAAGCAUCAUGUUAUAGAAACUUAGGUAGUGUGUUUGAGUGUCUCGGGCAGUACGACAAGGCUAACGAGUAUCUCCAAAAUGCGCUAGCUAUCAGCACCGACAUUGGGGACAAAAGAGGAAAGGCGGCUGACUAUGGAAACCUAGGUACUGUGUUUGAGUGUCUCGGGCAAUACGACAAGGCUAAAGAGUAUCUCCAAAAAGCGCUUGCCAUCAAAACUGAAAUUGGCGACAGAAAAGGUGAAGCAUCAUGUUAUAGAAACUUAGGUAGUGUGUUUGAGUGUCUCGGGCAGUACGACAAGGCUGACGAGUAUCUCCAAAAUGCGCUAGCUAUCAGCACUGACAUUGGGGACAAAAGAGGAAAGGCGGCUGACUAUGGAAACCUAGGUACUGUGUUUCAGUCGCUCGGGCAAUACGACAAGGCUAAAGAGUAUCUCCAAAAAGCGCUUGCCAUCAAAACUGAAAUUGGCGACAGAAAAGGUGAAGCAUCAUGUUAUAGAAACUUAGGUAGUGUGUUUGAGUGUCUCGGGCAGUACGACAAGGCUAACGAGUAUCUCCAAAAUGCGCUAACUAUCAGCACUGACAUUGGGGACAAAAGAGGAAAGGCGGCUGACUAUGGAAACCUAGGUACUGUGUUUCAGUCGCUCGGGCAAUACAACAAGGCUGAAGAGAAUCUCAAGGAAGCGCUCGUCAUCAGAAUUGAAAUUGGCGACAGAAAAGGGGAGGCAUCAUGUUAUAGAAACUUAGGUAGUGUGUUUGAGUGUCUCGGGCAGUACGACAAGGCUAACGAGUAUCUCCAAAAUGCGCUAGCUAUCAGCACCGACAUUGGGGACAAAAGAGGAAAGGCGGCUGACUAUGGAAACCUAGGUACUGUGUUUGAGUGUCUCGGGCAAUACGACAAGGCUAAAGAGUAUCUCCAAAAAGCGCUUGCCAUCAAAACUGAAAUUGGCGACAGAAAAGGUGAAGCAUCAUGUUAUAGAAACUUAGGUAGUGUGUUUGAGUGUCUCGGGCAGUACGACAAGGCUGACGAGUAUCUCCAAAAUGCGCUAGCUAUCAGCACUGACAUUGGGGACAAAAAGAGGAAAGGCGGCUGACUAUGGAAACCUAGGUACUGUGUUUCAGUCGCUCGGGCAAUACGACAAGGCUAAAGAGUAUCUCCAAAAAGCGCUUGCCAUCAAAACUGAAAUUGGCGACAGAAAAGGUGAAGCAUCAUGUUAUAGAAACUUAGGUAGUGUGUUUGAGUGUCUCGGGCAGUACGACAAGGCUAACGAGUAUCUCCAAAAUGCGCUAACUAUCAGCACUGACAUUGGGGACAAAAGAGGAAAGGCGGCUGACUAUGGAAACCUAGGUACUGUGUUUCAGUCGCUCGGGCAAUACAACAAGGCUGAAGAGAAUCUCAAAGAAGCGCUCGUCAUCAGAAUUGAAAUUGGCGACAGAAAAGGGGAGGCAGCUGACCACAGAAACCUAGGUACUGUGUUUAAGUCCUUCGGGCAAUACGACAAGGCUAAAGAGAGUCUCCUAAAAGCGCUUGUCAUUUGCACUAACAUUGGCGACAGAAAAGGAGAAGCAUCAUGUUAUGGAAACCUAGGUCCUGUGUUUGAGUGUCUCGGGCAAUACAACAAGGCUAAAGAGUAUCUCCAAAAAGCGCUUAUCAUCAGAACUGAUAUUGGCGACAAAAAAGGAGAGGCAGCUGAUUAUGGAAACCUUGGUACUGUUUCUCAGUCGCUCGGGCAGUAUUACACAGCUAAAAGGUAUCACAAAAAAGCAGUUCUCAUCAAAUCAGAAAUUGGUGACAGAGAAGGAGAAGCAUCGUGUUAUGGAAACCUAGGUAGUGUGUUUGAGUCUCUCGGGAAAUACGAAAAGGCUAAGGAGUAUAUCCAAAAAGCGCUUGUCAUCAGAUCUGAAAUUGGCGACAGAAAAGGAGAGGCAGCUGACAACGGAAACCUAGGUACUGUGUUUAGGUCUCUCGGGCAAUACGAACGGGCUAUAGAGCAUCUUGAAAAAGCACUCGUCAUCAGAACUGAAAUUGGCGACAGAGAAGGGGAGGCGGCUGACUACGGAAACCUAGGUACUGUGUUUAGGUCUCUCGGGCAAUAUGACAAGGCUAGAGAGUAUAUCCAAAAGGCGCUUGCCAUCAGAACUGAGAUUGGCGACAGAAGAGGAGAGGCAGCUGACUACGGAAACCUAGGUACCGUUUGUCAUUCGCUUGCGCAAUACGACAAGGCUAUAAAGUAUCUUCAAAGGGCGCUUGUCAUCAGAACUGAGAUUAAUGACAGAAAAGGAGAAGCAGCUGACUACGGAAACCUAGGUAUUGUGUUUCAGUCGCGCGGGCAAUGCGACACGGCUAAGGAUUAUCUGCAAAAAGCGCUCGUUAUCAGAACUGAAAUUGGCGAUAAGGAAGGGGAAGCAGCAGAUCUUGCAAACCUUGGAAUUGUGUGUAGAACUGUUGGAGAUUAUGAAUCUUCAGAAGUAUGCUUGAAGAAAGCUUUAUCCAUAUCAAAAGAUAUUGGAGAUAGAAGAAGAACGCUCCAAAUUCUUCAAGAGUACGCCAUUUUGUAUUUAUCUCAAAACAAAAUCAAAGACUCCCUUUCGUGUCUUCGCCAGUGCAUUGGAACGUAUGACAACCUGAGAUAUUCCCUGGGUGCCAAUGAUGAGUUCAAAACAUCAUUUCUGGAGGACUCAGGAAUAUAUCUCUACAAGCUGCUAAGUACUUUGCUUUGUUACACCGGAAAUUUUCGAGAUGCUCUUUAUGUUGAGGAGUUGGGUCGAGCUAGAGGCCUAUCAGACUUGAUGGCAGAGAAGUACUCAGUUAAAACGCACAUCUCUGCUAAUCCACAAUCUUGGUUUGGCGUUGAAAACAUUUUUAGAAAGAAAAAUAACUGUACUUGUCUGUACAUUUCUUAUUUUCAGAACCAUGUGCAUUUGUGGAUCUUCAAAACAAGUGGAAUCCCUUACUAUAAAAGAAUAUCAGUAGAAGAGAAUCUAGUUCAGGCUGGGUUGCCCAAAGAUUUGCCUUUGAGUAAAAUUUUGGGUGAUAAUUUCAGCAGGCUUGGCAUUUUGCCCACUGAAGAUUGUGAAGAUAGGUCUUUAAAUGUGGUUGAAUUGCAACCUCUCUCACCCGAACAAAAGUGCUCACCAAGAUUGCGACUCCUGGAGGAGGAGGACAAGGAAUUCAUUUCAAGUCUAUCUAUGUGUUACAAAAUGUUUAUUGCCCCCGUUUAUGAUCUGCUUGAGGAGGCUGAAGUCAUUAUCGUUCCUGACCGCAGUUUGUACAAAGUUCCCUUUGCAGCCCUGAGUGAAAAGGAGGGAGCCCAAUACCUGUCGGAGACUCAUAGGAUCCGUGUCAUUCCUUCUUUGACGACACUCAAGAUCAUUCAAGAUAGUCCAGGUGACUAUCACAGCAACACUGGUGCCUUGAUCAUAGGCAAUCCUAAGGUUAAUGGGCUGCGGCCAUUGCCAUGUGCAGAAAAGGAAGCGAAGAUGGUCGGACAACUAGUGGGCGUUACGGCUCUGGUACAAGAGGAAGCAACAAAGCAGGCGGUACUUGAGCGGAUAGGUUCAGUGAGCCUGAUUCAUUUUGCUGCCCAUGGUGACCCCGAAAGGGGAGAAAUUGCCCUCUCCCCCAUUCCUACUACCAACAGUCCAGACGCUAUCCUACCACAGGGAGAUUACUUAUUGACGAUGGCUGAUGUCUCAAGAGUGAAAGUCAGAGCUAAACUGGUGGUACUUAGCUGCUGUCACAGUGGAAGUGGACAGAUAAGAGCCGAGGGAGUUAUAGGAAUUGCCCGUGCGUUCUUAGGAUCCGGUGCUCGCUCGGUAUUGGUUGCGCUGUGGGCCAUUCCAGACCCAGCAACAGAGAAGCUGAUGAGUCGGUUCUACGAACACCUUGUUGAAGGAGAAAGUGCCAGUGAAUCCCUUCAUCAGGCGAUGAAGUGGAUGAGAAAAAACGGCUUGAACCAAGUGUCUGAGUGGGCUUCAUUUACGCUGAUUGGAGAUGACGUGAGUUUUGAGUUUGGGGCGCAGAGGUAA